AUCGUUCGCCCCGUGCCAUGAUGCUUCCGGUCGAUGCAGAACGAGACACGGUUGUGCAGAACCUUGUCUUGUGACUCUCAGGCCUCCGUCGCGACUUUGAAGUCAAACGCGGGAGCGCCAAUUCACGUGACUAAUUCCUUGGUUUUGCCAAGAAAUUACAUCAAUCUUGGCAUCCACUCCCACCAAAGCUCCAUCAACCAUCCUCUCCUCCCAACCUCCAUCCUAAAGAAAAAAGAAUGUCCGACCUAGCCUCCUACCUCGCCAAAAACUACCUCACCGCCGACACAGAAAAGAAAUCCAAAAAGCGCAAGCGGAAAAACAAGGACCUCAUCAUCGACGACGACGACGACCUGUCCGUCCUCAAGACCCAUGCCUCCUCGGACGACGAAGAUGCACCGAUGAUCGUCGGAUCCACUGCAAACAUACCUCUUUCCUCCUUGAAGAAGUCAAAGAAGAACAAGAAAGAAUGGAAAGAUCCGUCAGCCCCGACGCAGACAUGGACGACCGUCGGCGUCGCCGCGCCCUCGACCGCACAGCAAAUCGCCGCCGAUCAAGCCGCUGCAGACGCCAUCAUUGCGUCUGCGGCCGCGGAGCGCAAGCGCGCUGAGGAGGCUGAGGACGAAGCACCCGAAAUGGUGGACACGGAGGGGGUGCUGAGGAUGGAGUCCGGGGCGCGCGCGGGACUGCAGAGCGCGGCGCAGGUGGCGGCGCAGGAGAAGGCGAAGGCGGAUGAGGAGGCGAGGAAGGCGGCGGCGGCGGCCAAGGAAGGGCCCGGCGAGACGAUUUAUCGCGAUGCGAGCGGGAGGAUCAUCAAUGUGGCGAUGAAGCGGGCCGAGGCGAGGAGGAAGGCCGAGGAGGAGGAGAGGAAGAAGAGGGAGUUGGAGAGGGCGGCGAGGGGGGAUGUGCAGAAUGCCGAGGCGGCGAGGCGGAGGGACGAGUUGAAGGAUGCGAAGGGUUUGACUGUGGCGAGGUAUGCGGAUGAUGUCGAGUUGAAUGAGGAGUUGAAGGAGCGGGAUCGGUGGAAUGAUCCGGCUAUGGGCUUCAUCAAGAAGAAGAAGGAGGGGAGGAGCGUGACGGGGAAACCGUUGUAUCAGGGCGCGUUUCCGCCGAAUCGUUAUAAUAUCCGGCCGGGCCAUAGAUGGGAUGGGGUGGAUAGGAGUAAUGGGUUUGAGAGGGAGUGGUUCAAGAGUCGCAAUCGGAGAGCGGAUGUGGAGCGGUUGGAGUAUGCAUGGCAAAUGGACGAGUGAACUGGUUUGAGAAACUAUUGCAUGGCGCGGCGUUCUGGAUUUUGAAUAUCACGGAUACCUAUAGGAUGGGAGACUAAACUGUCAUGGGCUCCACGGCAUCAUCAUAUUUACUAUCAUACAGGCUCGGCGGCAACCAGCGUCGUCAAUGUCCAGCAAAACGGAUAUCCGGAUAACAGUCUAUGUACAAUGGUAGAAGCAGAAGAUGGGUAUAUGUGGAAAGGCCAAGAAGCAAUUCGGGUGUUGACUAUGCUGUUCCAUUGGAUAUUGAGGGGAGAAUGCAUCAAAUGUUAGGAGAGAGCUGGU